AUGGACACUCAGAUCCAGCUAGUAUGGCCAAAGAAGGGACUUGCAACAACACCACCAUUGCAUUUGCUGCCAUGCAGAAUAGACCAUAAUGGAACAGCAAAAGUUGACUCGUACUUUAUUAUUACACCACCUGAAAAAUUGACGAGAACAGAUUCUGCUAUCGACUUGGAAGCUCCACGAGUUGAAGAUGAGACUAUAUAUGAAUCUGCAUUUCGCGGAAGAAAAUUACGUGGGCGUCGACUUUAUGUACCAGAUGAAUAUCAAGGAGUCAUGUUUCAAGAACAAGAAUCUACAACAGAUCUAGAUGCAUCUCGUGUUUGGAUGGCCUCAUCGUCAUUCGAGUCGAUGAUGGUGUGGAAUCAUGAUGAUGUUCCAAGUGCCAGCUCUGAAGGUGCAAUGAUGUCGUUGUGUUGGGCUGAAAUCGCUAACGUUUUGCAUUCUCAUGUUGAGCCAGUCAAGGAUGUCAAGACUGAUGUUACAUCUCAAUUGUCGAAGCGAGACGUGGUCAUUUGUGAUAAUGGAACCGGGUUUGUCAAAUGUGGUUUCUCAGGCACAAAUUUCCCAGAAUCCAUCUUCCCAGCUGUAGUCGGCAGACCCAUUCUCCGUGCAGAAGAAAAGAUUGGAGACACAGUCAUCAAAGAUAUCAUGGUCGGUGAUGAAGCUGCAGAGUUACGGUCCAUGCUACAAAUGUCCUACCCAAUGGAGAAUGGAAUUAUUCGAAACUGGGACGACAUGUAUCAUUUGUGGGAUUAUACCUUCUUUGAAAAGCUAAAGAUCAAGAAUCCCUCUGAACAUAAAAUACUACUGACCGAACCCGCCAUGAAUCCUAAAAAGAAUCGGGAAAAGAUGUGUGAAGUCAUGUUUGAGAAAUAUGGAUUUAAUGGAGUUUAUGUUGCAAUUCAGGCUGUCUUGACUCUAUACGCUCAAGGUUUGCAAACGGGAGUCGUGGUAGACUCUGGUGAUGGUGUCACGCACAUUGUCCCAGUUUAUGAAGGAUAUGCCAUGCCACAUCUUACACGACGUCUCGAUGUCGCUGGUCGUGAUAUCACCCGUUACCUCAUUAAACUCUUGUUACUACGAGGCUAUGCUUUCAACCGUACUGCUGACUUUGAAACGGUUCGACAACUCAAGGAGAAAGUCUGCUAUGUCGGAUAUGAUUUAGCAUUAGAGCAAAAGUUAGCCAAUGAGACAACAGUGUUGGUGGAAUCGUAUACGCUCCCUGACGGACGUGUCAUCAAAGUUGGCUCUGAACGCUUUGAAGCUCCUGAAGCCCUCUUCCAACCACAUCUAGUUGAUGUAGAAUCUGUCGGUGUUGCAGAACAACUAUACAAUGCCAUUCAAGCUGCUGAUAUUGACGUGCGUCCUGAAUUGUACAAACAUAUCGUUUUAUCUGGUGGUUCAUCCAUGUAUCCUGGCUUGCCAAGUCGUCUGGAAAAGGAAAUCAAACAGCUCUAUCUCACUAAGACCUUGAAGGGUGAUACAGCUCGUCUAGCGAAAUUCAAGAUUCGCGUCGAGGAUCCACCUCGUCGAAAGCACAUGGUAUUCUUGGGUGGUGCUGUGUUGGGAGAGAUCAUGAAGGGCAAGGAAUCCUUUUGGGUUACCAAACAAGAGUGGAAGGAACAGGAUGAAGUGCUUUACUUCUAUCUCGUCUUGAAACCACCGACAUCAAAGUUCAACAUGCUCGGAACACCAUCAAUCGCCGAGCUUGUAAAACACCUAGAUCUACGAAUUACUGCAACUCUUGGGAACAUUAAUGCUGCCUUCCCGCUAACAACAUAUCAGCCUGUAAACACUAAUCCGAUCAACCAACAAAUCGCAACGACACUCAAUCAAGAGUUAUCAUCGCCCUCAACACCUCGAUUUUCAGGAACAAGCCCAACAAGAAAUAGAACAGGAUCAAACGCUACUCUGGACGGCAGGCCUGCACCGUCGUUGCUUAAAUCGUCGUCUCAGAGACGGAUCUUGUUGAAAACUGGAUCACAUCCUGCUUUAGGACGAGCAUAUCAUGAUGGUAGUAAUGCUUCUCCUAGCUCUGCAAGUUCAGGACCACCACAAGCUAUGCCACCGUCUCCGUUGCGGCAGGGUACUGCGAUGAGUAUCGCUGAGGAACGACCCGUGAUGGAGGAAGUUGUGUUUUCGUAUACGUACAAUCCGAGAGUCCCUGGUCAGGAACCGCAGAUGCUGCCUAGUGGUGUUUGUGUUUUUCCUUUGAGAGCUGCUAUAGACGUGUCGAAAGUAAAAGGAAACAACAAGUUAGAAAUGUCGCACUUAAUUUUAAAUGUCACCGUCUUGCAAAGGCCUCAGAACCAAAUUGUACAAAUUAACACGCCCGAGACGGAUUUCGUUGAUUCCGAGGAGAUUGAAUCUGUCAAUCUGUUGGAAGGACUUAUCGAUGAUCCUGUAUUCAAUCCGCAAAAUCUCCCAACUCAUCGACUACCAAACCAGAUUCAUAGACCUUUGUUCAAGGCGACACCUGCUCAUAGCAGAACCAUACGUAAAGUGAUUCCAACUCAAAUACCGUUGUCAGUUGGUGUCAACACCCACAGUGCAUCUCCGUCAAACAUUCUACUAUGGAUAUCCAUAGAGAGCAAUUCAUCAGAACCGAUUGCUUUUGACAUUAUUUCUGUCAAGCUGGAAGUGUCUAAUGCUCUUGUUAAGGAAGUUGGAUUAAACAAACAGGAGCAGAUACUGACUCUAGACCCAUACGACCAACUGAAUCUUGUAUACUCCAUAACGUUGCUGGACACUUACCCACCUUUGUCUUGCACUUCAACGUCGCCGUCAGCGGAAGAAAGACACGUGUCGAGAAGCUCGUCCAUGAGCUCUUUUCUCGAAAGUACAGAACGACGACUUGUAACUGUAUCUGUGGAUGCUAGACCUAAAGUGCUAGGCCUCGGUCAACAGAUUUUGAAUUCAAGAUGGUUUACAUAUCUGGAUUUGGUUGACCCGAAAUCCAAUAUUCGACAAGGACCUUUAGUGCACAAUUGGCGCAAGUUGGAAGUGCCAGGUAGAAGGCAAACUUUCCAUGAAGGCGAUACGCAGGACUCUCCUGAUGCUGGAGACGGUAUAUCGGUUUCAUUCUCGUUGGUUACACCUGCCAGGUUACGUAAAGUGUUUUCUGUACAGUGUUGCAUUGUCAACCGGUCUCAAAAACUUCGACAUUUGAGUUUGGUGGUACCAACUGAGAAUCGACCAUUCUCGUGGCACGGCAUAGAUCAAGCUGAAUUUUUAGCUAGUGCGCCCAUUCAUUUGUCGGAUGAAGAAGCACUGCGGAGGUAUCUUAUGACUGCUAAACGUGAUGCUCUUGUCUGUCUUGACAAUCAAACGCGUCUGAUGCCAAUGGCUCCUAUGAAUGUGCAGAACGUCAAUUUGCACUUUAUUGCAUUGAAGGGAGGCAUCUAUUCUAUUAAUACGGUUGAAUUGGUGGACCAUGAUUUGAAAGUCAUGACCGCUUUACGUGAUGUAUUGCAUGUGCUCAUUACUAAUUAA